AUGGUUGUGUGUCAGAUUGUGCACUUGAGGAACUUGAGCCUUCGAAACUUCCGAAUUGUUACGGAUGACCCCUUCUACAGCUCCCCGAGCAUUGCUGGUGAAGUGGUGGAGGAUUCCUUUGAGAUUCCGCCACACUUUGAUGCAGCUGCGGAAGGUUUGGUGGUGCCUUGGUCUUCGACCACCUUUCAUGGCUUGAUCAUCAUGGAGGUGGAAUCUGGACAGAUCAUCCGCUGCACGGUUGGCCCAAAGGAAGAUGCAUCUGGAAGCGACUGGUUGCGUUUGCACGACGUAGACUGGUGUCCAAUUGAUGAGGAACGAUGGUUAGCGUUGGGGGCGCGUCAUUGGUUUGGAGCCCUCGGGACUUCAGUACAACUGCAGUUGACCUUGAUUGAUCCCUUCAAUCUGUCCAGUCCAGGUCUUUCCACCGAGGCGUUGGCAAGCCCUGGUUCCCUGGCAGCCUGUGUGUCCUUCGGCGCGGAGGUGGACUGUGCGCCAGCAUCCACGGUGUUCCUCAAUGUGUAUGACCUGGCACCUGCAACGUCAGGUUUAAACAGCCUCCUUUGCAACACCAUGGUGAAGACGUUUGGCGCCUUCCAUGCAGCCAUCGAGGUCUAUGGAACUGAGUGGGGCUUCUACCGACAGCCAGAGCCGGAGGUUUGUGGUGUGUGCAGGAGUCGCCGGCCACGCCAUCAUCCAGUGCACGUCUAUCGGCAAUCGGUGAACCUCGGGCAGACAGAGCUCACGGAGCGAGGAGCCGAAGAAGAGCACGAAGAGGGCCUCCUGACUGGGCAUGGAGGCGCAGGUAUUGCACCACAACCUGCACCCGAGGCACAAGAGUUUUUGGGGUCCAGACACCCACAGGAGGCCGAGGCACCUCGCUAUACAGGAGGUGACAUGGAGACACUGUCCGAAUUGUCGGAAGCUCCCACAGAGAACAUCUCCAGAUGUGCAGGUGAAUCUCAGCCCAGACCCAGUCGCUGGCAGCCAGGUAUGGCGCUGUUCUACCCUUUGCUGCGCCUGGGUCAACGGCAAAGCCGUUGCGAGGCGACGUUCAACCUCUUGAACAACUUGCUGGGAGCAGGUCUCCUGGCGAUGCCUCGCGCAAUGGCGGAUGCCGGGCUGAUUUCAGGGUUGGCUUUGAUGGGUAUCUUAGCCUUGGCAAACAGAUACACCAUGCUCCAGGUGCUUUGGAUGAGUCAUUCAGUCUUAAGCUCGGAAGAGUGCUCUUACCCAGAAUUGGGGAGACAUGUCUUCGGGCAGAAGGGCCUGGCUGCGGUCUUGGCUGCUUAUUUGCUGCUGACCCUGGGGAUUUUGUCCUCCUAUUUGAUGGUCAUUGUUGACCUUCUGAAUUUGACGUUGCCAGCUCCACGGGCGGUCCAAGUGUGUUUGGCAGUGCUGAUCUGCUUGCCAGGAGCAUCACUGAGGUCAUUGAAACAAGUGGCCCUAGUGAGUGUCGUUUGCAUGCUCGGCGUGUGCUGCUUGGUUGUGGUCCUGACCACAGUCUCGGUGAGCGAUGUCUUGUCUGAAGACCUGGUGAACGCCCCCAUUGAGACACCUGGGAGACCAGGAGAUGUAGAUCUCUUCCGAGGUGACAUUGGGAGAUUCUUCUCAGGAGCGGCUCUUUUUUCCCUUCAAUUCUCAGUGCAGGCUGGUGGAAUUGAGGUUCUCAGCCGUUUGGACUCAGAACAGCAAGAGGCUCAGGAGGCACCAGCAUCCAUGAGCUCCUUGCUGGCAGCAGAAUCCAUCACCGAGGUUGCCUACACCAUUGCCCUGCUCCUGUCUGCCACUUUAGGAACGGCGGCCUACCUCCGCUUCGGGGACCGGGUGGCUGGAAAUGUCCUCUUAGACUUCAGCCCCACCACCUCGUAUUGGCCCUUGAUGGCCUCCUGGGUGUCCUACGCCUUUGUGGUCGUUUGCUCCUUUGCCUUCAUCAUGGUUCCGUGCAGACUUGCUGCCUUGGACGUGUUUGCGUUGAGGCGAAGGGACAGCGGUGCACCUCAGGAUACCUUGCCAAAGGAGCGAUUCUUUUCGCUGACAGCUGGAAUCCUGGGUAUUUGUGCUUUGGUUGCAUGGAUCUGCACCGACCUCUCGGAAGUCCUGAAGUUCGUCGGGGUUUGGGCGACAAUGGCAUUGGCUUUCAUCCUGCCCUGCUCCUUCUUGAUCGAACUUCGUAGACGUCAGGAGGGAGUGUCUUGGAUCUCCUCUGCGAACUGGCUUGAACUCCUGCUCAUUGCCUUUGGUGUUUCGGUGGCCGUGAUCUCGACGGUGGAUUGGCUCACCCCGCAUCUGGCGGCACCUGCCCAGGGUGCCCUCGGCCAACGAACCUUUGUCCCAGAUCUGCGGGAGGUCAACCCAGGACCAGGCCUUGCCAAAACCGUCGAUCCUCACAUUUGA